UAUAUAUAGCCGGGAACGGUUUUGUGUGGAUAUUUCUUUGCAAAAAGAAAGGAGAGAUGAGAUUCCUGAUCUUCACGUCAAGGCUAGUUGCCCUUCUAGUGCUUCAUGCCGCUGGCGCUGGUCUAGCUUCUCCCACGGUCCUUGUAUCCAGGCCAAUUACAUUGAAAUUGGAAUGGCUACCUAGCGACAACCAGACUCUGUACAGUUUGAAAGAAGGAGAACGAAGGAAUCUACAGUUAAAUACAUCCUCAAUAUCACAAAGGCAUGCCUUCAUAACGAUAAACCCUUGCUCAAGGGAUUUCCACUGGGCGUUCUACCACGGAUCAUUAAACGAUGAUGGUUUAACAUUGUUAAAGGAACAUUCAGGCGCUGAUACAUCCGUGUUCUCAGUAUUGAUAUCACAGUACAACAGAUAUGUCAUAGAGAUAUCAUCCACCAAUGGCGGAGCCGCGGCGGUAAGCGUGCGCGGGGAAGCAAACCGAAACGUGCGCAUGCGACUGCGAGUAAGAUCUAGACGAAGACUCUCUGCGAACUGGGAGCCCAGCCCAAUCGACCCCCAAGCUACAACAUACUGCGUAGUUGCAUCGCAUAGAAAAAACUAUACGUCACUAUGUGCAGCCCAAUACGACAUUAAAUUCCAUCGUUUAGACAACAGACCGACAAAUUGCAACCACGAAAUGCGUCAUUUAAAUCCAACGCAAAAUGGAUUAAAUCCCAAAACAGGCACAUUCAACCCAAAAGUGGAUCAUUUUAAUCAAAACAAAGACCACAUUUAUGAAAACGGGUCUCUCGAGUCGACAGAGGUUGAUAAUAAAAUUGACGCAGACAUUUAUAACGUUUACGAGGAUAAUUUUAGAAGUAUUUACAGAAGGAGAAAGUUUGGACGCAGCACUACAGUGACUGAUGAAGAUCCAGUGAUAGCUUGUGUUGGCGAUAGGACACAUCACGUCAUUGAAAACUUAGAUGCAGCUUUGACAUAUUUUGUAAGUGUGUUCGGAGUAGCGAGAGAUCGAAGAGCUGGAUCCCUGCUCGCCACUGGCAGCGUACGACCGAGAACUUCAACGGCAAAACGAUUGAGGGAAAAUGUGCCUUCUAAAAAUGAUAUUAGAAGCAAAACUGUUUAUUAUUUUAAGACUACAGUGGGUUCUGGAGGAGGUGUUUGGAUGACAAUAUCGACAUGCGGUGGUGCCGUCGAUUUGGAAGUAUUAGUUAGAGGGAAGAGGUUAUAUUUCAAAAAGAAUAUAGAAUAUCAUUUCAAAUUCUUCGUGCCAGCCCCAAUCCCAACAUCAUCAAUCCAAGAGACGAGCGACGAAAGUUCUGUUCAAUUCGACUCCAGUUCUGAAGAGACCAAAAUGCGCUAUGUAAUCAGAGUUACGCCUAGUCUAUCUAAUGAUGUUGUAGGUGUUGAGAUCACAGCUUCAACAUCUCGAUGGGGUUUCAGCACUCCAGAGCUAUUGGAAGAUGGGACGAUUGUGAGAGAGUUGCGACCUAGACGAUCCUGUAAUUCACUUGAUGUUGCCUUCCUACCUGCUACUCAUAACGCUACUGAUGUUAUAAGAUAUUGCAUAACAGCUUGGGAAGAUGUCAGUGGAGAAAGUCAUUUAUGCAACUCUUCGAAAAAAUCUUCAGUCAAGCUGUGUGUGACCUACGUACAAACACCCACGUCUCGAGUUAUUGUACAGAAGAUAACAGGUCUAAAACCGGGACAGAAAUACGCAAUACAAGUUACAGCAUCCAGCACGGGCACUUCUAUACCAUAUCAAACUCUUUAUGCUGAUACUAAUGUGUCUUGUAAAGAUGACGUUAUAUAAAUGGUACUGGUGUUAUUUUAUUAAGUUUUUUAAGGGAUUUGAACAUGUAAACAGUCAAACUGUCUAAUGGAAUGUUGUAAGGGCUGCUUGUAGACAUUUGCGAUACUAAAAUAUCACCCGCAGUUGUCCUUGUCAUUAUUGUUGUAAUUUAAUAUUAAUGUUGUAAUCCUCACACUUAUGAGUACGGAUCGCAUAACAGUAAGCCUUCCACUCGGACGGUUGACAUGAAACGGACGACGUCAUGUCAGACAU